CGCACUGAAAGAUAUUACAUACUGACGUGUCCCCAAAACGAAUCACUUUGGCAAUUCAUGAUCAUUCUCGAACUCUAUUAUAUUAUACGCAGAGAUACAGUGAACACUGAGCUUAUCGCGUAGUGCUAAAUAAAACGUACUUCAAAUCUAGAUUAAUAAAAAUAAUAAUAUAAAAUAUCAUCAUGGCAAGAACAUUACAUUCUUUCGUAAAUUCUUUCUCCAACAGACUGGAACCUCCUCUUAGAACACAUCUUAAAAAUGUUUAUGGCUGCUUGACGUUAUCAGCAGUUUCAGCAGCUGCAGGAGCAUAUGCGCAUCUUUUCACACAAAUACAAGCUGGCCUCUUGAGUACUCUCGGUGGAAUUGGACUUCUUAUUGCAUUAGGAACUACUCCUGACAAUGGCAAAAAUCAAAAAUUGAGACUUGGAUAUCUGUUAGGUUUUGCAUUUCUCUCUGGUCUUGGACUUGGACCUCUUUUAGAAAUAGUAAUUGCUAUUGAUCCAAGCAUUAUUGUCACAUCAUUAGUUGGAACUGCUCUUGUAUUCGUUUCUUUCACUAUUUCAUCUCUUUUUGCACCGAGGGGGCAAUGGCUAUAUCUAGGAGGAACUUUAAUCAGUUUUUCAAAUAUCACGGUUCUUCUAUUAUUGGCAAAUAUUUUCCUCCGAUCGGUAUUAAUAUAUCAAAUACAAUUAUACCUUGGACUUUUCCUCAUGUGUGGAUUCAUCGUUUUCGAUACACAACUUAUUGUUGAAAAAUUCCACAUGGGCAGCAAAGACUUCAUUGCUCAUUCUCUUGAAUUAUUUAUUGACUUUUAUCGAGUAUUCCGAUACUUGGUAGAAAUUUUGACCAUCAAGGAGCAAAAUAACCGUAAACGUAAGGAGUAAAAUAGAGGCGAAAUGUGAUGAAAUAUUCGGAUAAAUCCAUUAACUAGAGGUCUUCAUCCUUUUCUUAUACAUAGAUUUAAAACAUGUACACUCAUAUAAGUACUUUUAAUUCAUUAAAAAAAUAUUGAUAUAUUGACUAUAAUAAAAUAAUUAUACCAUGUU